AUGGCCUGCUCCUCCAGCAAGACUACCGUUGCUUGUGCCAACUGUGCUUGCGGCGCCAACACCGGCGCUGCGUCGCGCGCAUCCGUCGUCAAGCUCGCUUCCAGGAACAAGUCCGAGUCUACGCCACUGCUCUGGUCCACCACCACUGCUGAUGCCUCGGAUGCAGACUACCAGGCCACCGCUCCGGCCGUCGCCUCGUCGUCCGCCUCGACGUUGAGCGCCUCGCACGAAUGCCCCUCGUCGGCCAACCACCACCACGACCCCAGCUUUGUCUGCUGCAGGGACGUCGUCGCCGCCGACGAGCGCACGCUCAUCGAUCCGGACUUUGCGCGCGACUGCAUCGUCGGCCUCAGCGACGGCCUCACCGUCCCCUUUGCCCUCACUGCAGGCCUCUCCUCCACCGGCUCCACCAAGCUCGUCGUGCUUGCAGGCCUCGCAGAACUCGUCUCCGGCGCCAUCUCGAUGGGCAUCGGCGGCUUCCUCUCCGCACAGGCGGAGCUCAGCCACUUUGCCUUCAACCUCAAUGCCAUCCAGCAGCGCGUCGAGCGCUCGUGCCAGUCCGAGGUGCAGCGCCAGGUACACGACAUCCUCAAGCGCUACGGCAUCGCCCCCGACACCAGCGCACAGAUCGCCGCAGAGCUCACCGCAAAGGAGCAAGCGCGCAAGCAAGCCCAGCAGCUCGCUCAGUCGCAAAACCUGCAUGCCUCCCGUGCCGCGCGACGCAAGAUCUUUGGUUGCAUCCCGCUGCCCGGCUCCUCCGCUUCGCCGUCCGCCUCGUCGCUGCCGAUCCAGAAACGUGUUGCGAGCGACGAGGAGUCGCAGCAGCUGCUCGUCCACUCUGACGCCGACGACGACGCCGACGACCUCGACCAGGCCGGCCUCACGCCCUUCCUGCUCAAGCUCGGCGACGGUCUCGAGCCCGUCAGCACCUCGCGCCUCUACAUCUCGGCGCUCACCAUCGGCCUCAGCUACUUUUUCGGCGGCAUCAUCCCGCUCCUCCCCUACAUGUUUGUCGACCAGGCCAGCCGCGCGCUGCUGCUCUCGGUCGUCAUCACCGGCGUCAUCCUCCUCAUCUUUGGCGUGGUCAAGCAGCGCGUCACCGGCGGCGAGGGCGGCCUGAAAGGCUACGCCUACGGCGCCCUCUCCACCCUCGCCGUCGGAGGCGUGGCAGCAGGCGCCUCCUGGCUCAUCGUAGGCCUGCUCGAAGGCGGCAGCGAGGCUGGCAACAUCUAG